AAAUAAAUAAAAAAAAAUUCAAGUAAAAAAUUGACGUAACCUAAACCUGCUGUAUACGAAAACCAAGAUAGGACUGAUAAAAUUACAACUCUUAACCAAUUAUAAACACAGUAAUCCUCGUUUCAACAAUAACCAUAUUCCAGCCGCGUAUACUGCGAUACGUGUCACCAAUUACUUACCAUGUUUAAUUUAAAUUGUUUGUGAUAAGUGUUUUACUGCUGUAACCAUGACUGGAACCCAAGAGGAAACCCCAGAUCCGAAGCUGUACCUAAAAAAGGUACUAUCAGCCCUAUUUUAUGGAGCAGCCUCCUUUUUAAUAACAGUGGUAAACAAAACAGUGUUAACGACCUACAAGUUCCCAUCUUUUCAAGUUUUGGGCAUAGGCCAGAUGACCGCGACAAUAGUGGUGUUGUUUUUAGCCAAGAAGCUCCGUAUAGUAUCAUUCCCCAGUUUUGACUUGAGCACUUUUGGCAAAAUAUUCCCUUUGCCAUUGAUAUAUAUUGGAAAUAUGCUAUUUGGACUGGGAGGGACGAAGGAGUUGAGCCUUCCAAUGUUUACCGCUUUAAGGAGAUUUUCUAUAUUGAUGACAAUGCUUUUGGAGCUGUAUAUACUAGCAGUAAGGCCUACCUUUAGUGUUCAGUUCAGUGUGUACAUGAUGGUCGGAGGUGCUGUGCUGGCAGCCAGUGAUGAUCUAGCUUUUAACUUUCAAGGUUAUGUUUUUGUGCUAUUAAAUGACUUUUUCACAGCUAUUAAUGGGGUUUAUACAAAGAAGAAGUUGGAUUCCAAAGAGCUGGGCAAGUUCGGUCUUAUGUUUUAUAACAGUUUAUUUAUGCUUGUACCCGCUCUGUUUUUGGCUUUUUACACAGGAGAUUUAGAUAAGGCCUAUAACUACGUGGGUUGGGAUGAUCCGCUGUUUGUCUCACAGUUCCUACUGUCUUGUGUGUUUGGUUUUAUUUUGAUGUAUAGCGUAAUAUUGUGCACCCUGUAUAAUUCUGCACUAACCACAACCAUUAUUGGGUGUUUGAAGAAUAUUUGUGUCACAUAUCUUGGGAUGAUGAUUGGGGGUGACUAUAUAUUUUCAUGGGUAAAUUUUGUAGGGUUGAAUAUUAGCGUGAUAGGCAGUUUGGUUUAUACUUAUGUGACUUUUAAGAGGAAGGACACAGGGUAUGCACCACUGGUAAAUGAGAAAAGUAGUGGAGUUGUAUAGUAUAAGGGGGAGGUGGGUUGGGCAAGUAAAUACAGGGCUUGACUUACUUGGGGGGUUUGUAAAUUAAAUUUCCCUCUUAUUGUAUUAUGUACAUAUAUUGUAAAUUGUUAUACCAAAGCCUGUUUAAUAAAGACUUAAUAAUAAGUCUGUUCUUACUUAUAUAUUUAAACAAAUUGAUUGCUUCUUGAUAGGCUAAAGUGUUACCCAAUGGUCAAUUUUAUGUAUAAUUUCAUUCGCUAUUCAAUGUUAACAUUGAAAAAAAACUGGUUAAUCAUUAUUGUUGUGAAGAGAAAUUAAUUGCUAUAUACAGGUCAGUUGUAUUAUACAGGGUUAUAUUAUAAGAUUUAAUUAUAUAUAGGUGUUUUAAAACUUCUUGCUAUAUAUAGGCUGUAUAUAUAUAUUGUUAAAUUAAAGCCAUAUUUUAGAUUAAAGGUUUUCUCUUUGUUGUCUGUGAUUUUGUAAAAGAAACGCAAUAUAAAAAUG